AUGAACGAACCGCCCAUUUACUCAUCCGCGGCCUCAGACCAUCCACACGACACUCGUGCAACACUUCCGCAAUGCCAAUCCUCAAGAUACCCGCCGCAAAGCCCCCACGAUCAUGAACGCGACACACCAUCGUUCUGUACUUCCGACGGUAAAGACAAGAGAUCGUUGGAUCUCAUACAACGCUUAGAGAAGAGACUGGCGGAAUACAAUGCAUCCCAGAAUGUCUUCAAGAGGUGGCUUUUCGAAUUAGUCAACUGGCUAGUCAGUGCAGCAUGUAUAGGUGCCCUCGUUGGUAUCUAUAUAUCUAUCAGUGCGAAGAAGAUGGCUGAAAGCGAACGGCUUCUCACAAUAACCAGCCUCUUAGGAAAAGUAGCAUCCGCUUCACUUAUCGUCCCAACUUCAGAAGCACUCGGGCAACUCAAGUGGCAAUGGUUCCAGCAAUCCAAAGCCAUGUGGGAUUUCGAGGUUUUUGAUAAGGCAUCUCGCGGUGCAUGGGGUGCCACGCUACUCCUAUUUCGGACGAAAGGAAGAUCACUUGCUGCGUUAGGGGCAUUGCUUAUCGUGUUAUUGCUUGCCAUUGACGCUUUCUUCCAGCAGGUAGUAGCCUAUACAGAUCAGUGGGCCUUGCAGGAUCUAUCUAGCGGUAUUCCUCGAGUAGUGAGCUAUCAACCACGGUACUUUAAGCAGAUAUACCAGGGCUUUGAGGUCCAGCAAUUCGACAAUCUCAUACUCCCUGUCGUAAAGUCGUACUUUUUCGAUACUGGCACGACGCCGAUUCCGUUUGGGAAUGCCACAAAGGCCAACAUACCGCUUUCCUGUCCAUCCAGUGCCUGUACUUGGCCGGCGUAUGAGACUCUAGCUGUAUGCAGUCAAUGCACCGAUGCUUCAGAUCUCCUUGAGUUCGCUUGUCGAUACACUGCAAUUGACUGGACCACCAAUCAUACUGGACCCAUCAGUCCCAAAACGACGGCUAAUGGAACUGUGUGCGGGUAUUUCCUCAAUUUUCGGCCCGAAAUACCGAUUUUGAUGUCGGGAUACAUCCUUGAGGGUACAGGAAAUCAGACUUCACCAGGCGAGGUGUUGAUGGUACGAACAUACCCUUUCACCGACAUGAACACGAAAAAACCAAUCAUGGGAGGCUCGAUCAAGUUCAAGCACAUUCGCAACCCCAUUCUAGAUGCUUUGAUAGUAUCAACUGCAAACGGUACCGCUGGUGUCCUCAACCACGAACGACCUGUUGCUCAUGAAUGCGCAUUAUCUUGGUGCGUCAAAACUAUCAGCUCUUCUUACGACGGAGGGAAAUACACCGAGAAUAUCACCAGCAUCUACAUGAACACAACAACCGGAUCCUUUCCAUGGGAAAGCGUCCCUGUAAAAUUAGAAGACGGAACUACCGCUACAUUCGCCAUGUACGCUCAAAACAUCACUAUCGAGCGCGACGCUGCGCAUCGAGAUCCUUUCUCACUUGCCGUCUCCAAUGCCACGUACCGAGUCGACAACACCUCAGCAUCAAAUAUGAUCAUGCCGUUUGAUCAGAUCUUCCCAUCUUAUUACACAGACUUCGGCCCUUCUGGAAAACCCUUGCUGAGGUUUCUUGACGGGUACGAUGGGCCUACAUUUCGAGAGAUGGACUUCAAUCCCUGGUUAGCGCCCAACAACAUCACACGCCAUUUGGAGAGGCUAGCCGCGGCGAUGACCGACGCCAUGCGAUCUAACGCCGAUAGUAAUGAGAUGAUUCCUGGAAGAGCAUAUAACAUGGAGAAGUUCAUCUACAUCAAUUGGCUAUGGCUCAUCUUUCCAAUUCUACUACUUGUACUGAGCCUGGUGUUCUUGGUUGCAACCAUUGUCAAAACCUCGAAAGACACCGAUACGGGUAUAUGGAAGACUUCGGCUAUGCCAGCGUUGAUCUAUAGCCUGCCGAACGACCUUCAACAAGGACUCGCAACGUCGGUGACCUCGAGAUCGAAGAAAAUCAGGAUCAAACUAAUGCCGAAACAAGGAUGGAGGGUGUCUGGUCAGGUUCAGCCUGCAUCAACGGCUCCGCCAGGUUUCAUAUAG